AUGUCGAGACAGAAACCAGAACGAGAAAUACGAGCAAUCGAGUACUGGGCAGGAAGACCUUUGAAACGAAGUGCUUCCGAUCUCUUUCUUGAUCGUCCCGGACCAUCGCAUAGCGUUUUUUCGGGUCCGAAUGCUUUAUGGUUUAAUCGUAUUCCAUCACGAGAGCACAUCGGAGAUGUUGGCGAAGGCCAAGCAUCGAUUCUUCGCUCAUUAGACGUCGGUUAUUUAACAAGAGGAUACAACAUCGAGCCACCGCUUCGGCGUUCUGCGUACCCGGGUGAAAUAGGUUGGACCGCUACCUAUUUCCAUCGACAAUAUCAGCAAACAAAACCAUAUUCCACGUGGCAUCCUUAA